AUGCAAGCUGCGGAUUUGAACGCACCGAGCUCAUCCCUCAGACUAUUCCCGUUUGGGAUGGCAAUAGGAGCGCUUGCCGAGGUUGCGAUCAAGCUCUUCGUCAGCGGUUACAUACUCGCCGUGGUGGUCUAUGUAAACGCGACCGGCAAUUGGGAUAAGGACGAUGACUUAGUCGCAACAUUCGAUGUCAGUGCUGUUCUCGGGCAAACCGCUAGAUUGCCUUGUGACAUUGAACCGUCCACGCGGGAGGAUCGCGUAUAUAUGGUGCUUUGGUUCCGCGACGAUGCGGUAAAACCGAUUUACAGCUUCGACGUGCGGGGACGGGCAUUCAACAAAGCCCUGAACUGGUCGGACAGCACCGUGCUCGGGCCGAGGGCUUACUUCGUGACCGUUACGAAACCUGCUGCCCUGUCCCUGGAGGCGGUUCAACUGGACGACGAGGGGAUUUAUCGGUGCAGGGUGGACUUCAAGAAUUCACCAACGAAAAACUUUCAAGUUAAUCUGACUGUAAUCGUUCCGCCACAUCAGCUUUUGAUCUACAACAGUUCCGGGGUGGAGGUAGAAAGUACCGCUGGACCGUUUCAAGUUGGCGUCGAGUUCGAACUCUCUUGCGAAGUCAGAGGAGGGAAACCCACGCCGGUGGUGAGUUGGUUGGUGAACGAAAAGGAGGUGGACAGUAGAUUGGAUGAUAUCGGUCGUCACAUAGUCGUCAGUAAACUAAGGAUACCUCAACUAAGGAGGGAGCACAGGAACACCACGUACAAAUGCCGAGCCGCGAACACGGAUCUUAUACCGGCAUUGGAGAAAACGAUCCUGUUGGACGUUUAUCUGAAACCGUUGUCGGUGAAAAUCUUGUCAAAGCCAACGAUCCUCGAGACCGAGAAGGACUACUCGAUCGCUUGCGAGACGACGGGAUCGCAUCCUCGAGCUCGAAUCACAUGGAUGGAGGGGAAUGCUGUUUACCACAAUGGAAAAGUGCUCGAUGGUGGUAACGCAUCAGUGGUAUUGAGUACAUUGAUAUUCUCGCCGAUCCCGGACGACCACGGGAAAAUCCUGAAAUGUCGGGGAGAGAAUCCAGCACUGCCAGAUGCGUACUUAGAAGAUUUUUUUCAAUUGAACGUAGUUUUUCCACCGAAAGUACAAUUACACUUGGGCAGCACUCUGAACGCGGAUAAAAUCAAGGAGGGCGACGAUGUAUACUUCGAGUGCAAGGUCCGGGCCAAUCCGGAACAUCAUAAAAUCACAUGGAGACACAACGACGCCGUGUUAACGCAGAACUAUUCAGCCGGAAUAAUCAUGAGCACCCAGAGCCUGGUGCUGCAGAAGAUCGGUCGCAACAACGCCGGGAACUACACGUGUCUCGCGAGCAACGAUCGUGGCGAGACCACCAGCCCUGCGGUUACAUUGCGAGUACAGUUCGCCCCGGUGUGCAAAGCGAAAGACGUGACGGUAAUCGGCGUGUCGCUGGAAGAGUCCGUGAAGGUGCGUUGCGAAGUGGACGCCGAUCCGAACGAGGUGGAGUUCCUUUGGGAGCUUAACAACAGUGGGGAGAACUUCGAGGUCGCGCCGGCGAAAUUCGACGGUAAUAACGGAACGAUGAGCGAGCUCGUUUACACGCCAGUGUCGGAAAGGAAUUACGGUGCUUUGACGUGUUGGGGUAGAAACGUGAUUGGGAAGCAGGAAGCGCCUUGCAUCUACCAAAUCAUUCCUGCAGUGAAACCAAAUCCCCUGAACAACUGCACGAUAAAGGCAUCCCUGAAUCAAAGUUCCGAGAUCCUCGAGGUCGAAUGCGUGCCAGGAUACGACGGGGGGCUCAGGCAAGAAUUCCGACUGGAAGCAUACGAGGUCCACACCGGGAAUCUACGGGUGAACGCGUCUAGCAUAUCUGCGGAUGUUCCGUUGUUCCGUAUUGCGGUGGCGGAUCUGCUUCCAGCCACCCAUUUUUAUCUUGUCACGUACGCCGUGAACGCCAAGGGGAGAAGCGAAAGUAGUCUGCUGGAAGAUAUAAUGUUGCGAGACUCUGAGAAACAUACAGACAGCGGAGUGAGUAUGGUACCUCUCAUCCUACUUCUAAUCGGUUGUCUGAUGGCGUUCGGCGUCACCGUGCUCUCGGUAAUGCUGAUGAUGUACCGACGCAGAGGCACGACGUCUCCGGUGCAUAUCGAGCCGUACAUGAAACAACCGAUAAUCACGCCACCGGACUCGCGAAACAACUCGAUGCUCGACGUCACGCACGGUGAUCACACUUACUUCGUCGAGUAUACGUUGAAACAGGUGACGGAUUACGCGCUCAACAAUCAACCGGACAUCAUUCAGUCGCCACAAGACCAAGAGAAAAUCAAACGCGAACCACAAUUGUUUCUACCUGUCAGGCCGGAUACCCUGUUCGCGCCGUACGACAUUCAUAAACAGGGGAUUCAGACUAACAGAUGCAGCUUAAACCCGUUCUCGGCGAAGUCAUGGGAGCCCAUCAGCUUCAAAGCUGACCGUAACUUAAUGAAGGAGAUCAUUAUCGCCAAUUCUAUACCUGGUCCAGAAAGUUGCGUGUAAAAGAUGCCACUCGGAAAAGAGGAAGAACAAGCAAACACAUAUCAGAAGGACCGAUUUC